AUGUCAAAAUUCAGAUGGGUUAGAAAGUGGCGUCCCCUACGGAUCUGCUCCUUCUGCUUGUUCAACAGCAUCUUCCUGGGUUCCCUCCUCUCCCUCCUUAUAUUCUGGUUGAUCUUCCUUCCCAAAGAGCUGAACUUCUUCGACACUAAUGCCACUCUCACCCAAUUCGAUUUCACCAACGCCACCAACACUCUCCAUUACAACCUCGCGCUCAACAUCACCUUCCGAAACCCCAACAGAUGGGUUGGCUUUUACUACAACUGCAUCGAAGCCAUUGCUAACUAUAGGUUGAAGAGGUUUACUUUGGUGACAUUGACUUCGACUCCAUUUUACCAAGGCCACAAGAACACCACCGUCUUAAAACAAGUAUUUCUUGAAGGGCAGGGGGAGGUGGUGUUUGGGCAAAAUGACAUCUCCAAUUUUAACUCGGAGACUGCUGCCGGUGUAUACAACAUCGAUAUUCAGCUUGUUGUAAAAGUAAGUGUUAAGUUUGGCGAGUUGAAGACAAGCUAUUACACGCCGUCACGGAAAAUCAACUGCAAGCUGAAGGUUCCUUCGAAUGUUAAUGAAACCUCUGCUGGUGGUUUCAAUAUUACUAAGUGUGGGAAUGUUAAAAUCUUUUCUGAUCCUGAUACUUCAGGCUAA